AUGAAUAGCGAUCAACACCCCUCAAAAGGUGGCCCAUGUCACGAUGUUCAAUCUUCAAAUUGUCCUGAGUUCCAUUCUGGCAGCGACCCUGCGGAUGUUUCACGCACGCAUAGCACCAUAGACCGUGAUCUUUAUGAUGUUUCUUUCGAUGGCGAUGAAGAUCCUAUGAGCCCUAAAAGGUUGCCGCUGGUAAGAAAAUGGGCGAUUGUUAUUAUAAUGAAUGCCGAGAUGAACACUCCGUCCCUAAUUGCAAUCUUGGGACUGUCGUUUUUUGUCCUUGGUCUUGGCCUGGGGCCACUAUUGACAAGUCCCUUGAGCGAGUGGUACGGUCGAAGGCCUAUUUACGUCGUCUCGUGGUCUUUUUUCGUUAUCUGGAAUAUCGUAACAGCCGUUGCCAAGAAUAUUGAAACGGUCAUUAUUUCUCGUUUCUUCACUGGCUUCGCGGGUGGCACGUUCUUAUCUGUAUCAGGUGGCACCGUGAGUGAUGUGUUCCUACGCUCUCAAAUCCAAUUGCCAAUGACCUUGGUUUCUUCGGCUCCUUUCAUCGGUCCUUGUUUGGGUCCUUUGAUUGGUGGCUUCAUCAGUUAUAACACAACAUGGAGGUGGAACUACUACUUCAUCAUCAUUUGGUCUGGGGUGCUUCUGGUCUCGAUCGCCAUAUUUGUGCCUGAAACAUUCCCUCCAGUCCUACUGCGAGCCAAAGCCGUGAUGCUACGGAAAUCAACUCGAGAUGAUCGCUACAAAGCUCCCACAGAAAAGCUUCAUACUUCUAGAAGCAGAGCCUUAGCAUAUGCACUCAUGCGGCCUUUCCAGCUUUUAUUCUUCGAGCCCAUGUGCCUUGCUCUCGAUGUUUAUGCGGCUCUCUUGCUCGGUAUACUUUACCUAUUCUUCCAGGCUAUUCCUCUCAUGUUUGAGACAACCUAUGACUGGAAGAUGUGGCAAGGUGGUCUUCCAUUUGUCGGUAUCAUUGCUGGCAUGAUCUUGGGAGCCUUGAGCACCCCACUAUGGGCCCGUGUCAAGGAUCGUCUUUUAGAACCCCAAGAGAAGCAAACCGGGGAUAUCGCCCCGGAGUACAGUUUACUUCCAGCUAUACCAGGUGGCGUUUUGAUCCCAAUCGGCCUCUUUUGGUUUGGCUGGAGCUUGUCAUCAAAUGUUCACUGGAUUGUUCCCAUCAUCGGGUCCUCGUUUUUUGGCUGCGGAAUCUUGCUGGCAUACAAGGGAAUCUUCACUUUUCUUGUGAGUUAUUUCACCAUGGAAACCCUUUUUUUCUCAUACCCGCCCGUUGAAAUCAAGAUCAAUGACACACUAACUUCUCCCAAGGUUGAUGCCUAUCCACAGUACGCUGCGUCUGCACUCGCCGGAAAUGGAUUCGUGCGAUCAUCUUUUGCUGCGGCCUUCCCAUUGUUUGGGCUGCAGAUGUAUGAUAAACUGGGCUAUCAUUGGGCAACUAGCUUGCUUGCCUUUCUUAUGAUCCUCAUGAUGCCAUUUCCAUGGGUCUUUUUCAAAUAUGGAAAAGUCCUGCGAGGCAAGAGCAAAUUUGCUUUGAGUGCUUAA